AUGGGAAAGAGCUUCAAAGAUAUCAUACUUGCUCCAUUUGCAGAAGACCGAUUCUUUGUUCCAGAGUUAGAAAUUCCAAUUUCAACCAUUAAAAUCCCAUCAAUGACAAUUUGCAUGUUAAUCGUAUUCUCAUCUUUCAUGGUCAUUUCAGCCGGUACAAUUUUCUGCUGGGUCCAUAACUCACCAUUUAUUGGUGGUCAAUAUGAUCAAAAUGGCAAGAUCAGAACCCUCGUUUUUUCUGAAGGUAUGUCUUGGCAAUUUGGUGCUGAAGGUUUUCUGGCAAGCAUGGUAUACGUUAUGACAGCAUUUUCCUUCUUAGCAUCAUAUUACGUUUUCAAGCAUCAAAAUGAUAAUCCAAACGAUCCAACAAUUAUUGCGGCAAAAGUUUUUGGAUAUACUUCUCCUGUUUGGAUCAUUUUAAUGAUUAUGACAUUCAGAAGUAAACUCCGCCAGUAUUUCCCAACGCCAUUCCCACAAUAA